AUGCAAGGACAGGGACAACAAUUUUUAUCCCAACAACAAAAAUUAUCACAGCAAAAUAUAUCACAACAAAAUUUAAUAUUCCAACAAUACAAUAAUAAUAAUAAUAAUAACAAUAAUAAUAUAACACCACAACAACAACAGCUACAACAACAACAAUUCUUUAUGAAUCAGUCUUUUUCAUCUCAGCAGGUUUAUUACUCACAAUUUGGUGGUAAUGCGAGUGGUGGACCUUUACAAUCACCACUAGUACCCCAAAACCUACAACAACCUCAACAAAAUAUGGUAGGUGGAGGAAUGGGCGGUAUGAUGAUGCAACCACCACAAAUGAUGAUGCAACCACCACAGAUGAUGCAACCAAAUGGUAUGAUGAUGCAACCAAAUGGUAUGCAACCAAUGAUGAUGCAACCAAUGAUGAUGCAACCAAAUGGUAUGCAGCCACCACAAAUGAUAAUGCAACCAAAUAAUAUGCAAUCAAUUAUUAUGCCUCAAAUAGCAAAUAAUAAUAAUAAUAAUAAUAAUAAUAAUAAUAAUAAUAUGGUGAUGAAUAAUAGUAAUAGUAAUAAUACAGUAUUACAACCAACUCAAAAACCAGUAACAACACAAUCAAAUCCAAUACCUCAACCACAACCAGGCGCUGGAGGUACACAACUACCAGCGGGAACAUCUUCUGGUGGUGGUAGUGGUGGUGGUGAUAAGAGUGGUGCCACUGGAGGCGCUACAAAUGGUAAUAAUAGGUGGUUCCCAACCAAAGAUAAUGACCCCUUUUUAUCAAUAGAACAGGAAAAGAAGAAACCGCAAUAUAAAUCUGCUGCUUGGAAUGAUAAAGAUAAAUAUAGAGAGAUUUUAGAUUCUCUAAAUUCUUCCUCUGUAACGCCACAACAAAGUGGUAACAAUAUAGGAAAUCAAAUGGGUGGUGGUCAACCUUUAACUCCACAACAAAUGCAAUUAUUACAACAACAAAUGCUACUAAUGCAGCAGCAACAACAACAACAACAACAGCAACAACAACAACAACAACAACAACAAAAUAAUUCGAUACCAAAUCUAUCAGUUCAUUCAGGUGGCAGUGGUAGCGACAAAUUACAACAACAACAACAACAACAACAACAACAACAACAACAACAACUAAUGCAUAUGCAAAUGUCUCAACAACAAAUUCAACAAAUGAUGAUGGUAAAUCCACAAUUAUUACAACAACAAAUGGUAAUGAACCCACAAUUACAACAACAAAUUUUAAUGAACCCACAAAUUGUUAGCCAAUUGAAUCAAAUUAAUCAAAUGAAUCAAAUGAAUCAAAUUAGUGUUUUAAAUCAAUUAAAUAAUAUGAGUCCAAUAAAUUCACUCAACAAUAAUAUUAGUAAUAGCGGUAGCCCAAUCAAUUCAAUGAAUAAUAAUAAUAAUAAUAAUAAUAAUAAUAAUAAUAAUAAUAAUAAUAAUAAUAAUAAUAAUAAUAAUAAUAAUAAUAAUAAUAAUAAUAAUAAUAAUAAUAAUAGCAACAAUAGUAAUAUUAAUAAUGGUCAAACAAUUGACCAACGUACACUAUCUGGUGGCGGCAAUGUAGUUUAUUCUCCAACAUCUUCACAGGAUCAAAAUAUGAUUUCUUUAUUACAACAGCAACAGCAACAAUUACAGCAACAACAAUUACAGCAACAACAAUUGCUUCAACAACAAUUACAACAACAACAACAACAACAAUUACUAAAUCAUCCACAACAAUCACCAACAUCAUCAUUAUCAUCACCAUCACCAACAUCAUCCUUAUCACCACCUAAAGCAAUUAAUCCCAACGCCAAUAUAAAUAAUGGUGGUAGUGGUUCAUCAACAUCACCAUCAUCUUCAAAUAUAAAUAACAACUUAAUAUCUAGUUUACCAUCAACAUCAUCAAACAUUGUAUCAAAUUUAUCACCAUCGAGCUCUAUAUCUAAAUCAACCUUACCACAAACUGCAACUUCAUUACCAAAACCAGAAACUUUAAUUCAGCCAAUUCCGCAACAUUUAAUUGGUAACAAUGCUUUUGCCGACCCAAGAAAGCAUUCUACAACAGCCACCCUAUCAUCUAUUUUACCAUCUCAACAACCACAACAACAACCACAACAACAACAACAACUACAACCACAACAACCACAACAACAACAACAACAACCACAACAACCACAACAACAACAACAACAACAACAACAACAACCCGUUUCAACUACAAUAUCAUCUGCAGUAUCUUCCCAAACAACCCAACAAAAAAGUCAAUUUGGAUCAUUUUCAAUGGUCCAAAACUCUUCAUCUUUCUCCCAACAACAACAACAAUCCCCAACACAACAACAACAAUUUUUUACCUUUGAACAACAAAAUGUAGAUUUCAAUCAACAACAACAACAACAACCACAAUUACCACAACAAUUUAUAUCACAACAAAAUAUUUUACCACAUGUACAACAACCACAACAACAACAACAACAACAACAACAACAACAACAACAACCACAACAACAACAACAACCACAGCAACAACCACAACAACCACAAUCACCAAUUAAUUCUAUGGGAGGAUUACCAUUCUCAGAAGAAGAAUAUAAGAAACAAAUUGAAGAUAGAAUUAGAAAAGAAGUUGAGGAUAAAUUGAAACAAGAAUAUAAUGAAAAAAUGCAAAAACAAAAGGAGGAAAUAUUGGCAUCAACUGCUUUUGAAUUUAAUAAAGUAAAUACCCCACCACAACAAUCAACACAACCUCAAUAUCAAUCUUCACCACCAUCUUCUUCAUCAAAUGUACAACCAAAUAUAACAACAACCACUACAUCAUCAUCAUCUUCAUCAACACAUACCACAACAACUACCACUUCACCAAAUUAUCUCUUCCCAGAUUUAUUUGCUGAUUUGACAGCAACAACAAACUCUUCAUCAAAUUCAUCAACACCACCAAAUAAUCAACAUAAUUCGACAUCACCAUCUGCAACUGUAAAUUCAUCAAAUGCAGCCGAUUCACCUGUAAUUUCUAGAAAAUCAACAACUCAAAACGAAAAAGACAAGCUCAAAAAAGACCUUGAAAACAUUCAUAUCAAUCAACCAAAAGACCCAAAGAAUGGAGUUUUGUUUGCAAAUAAAACUCCAACCAAAGUAACCACCACUACCUCAUCAUCAUCAACCACCACCACUUCAUCAAAUUCAUCCUCUACCACCACCGAAGUUGUUUGUCCAAUUUGUCAACAAAGAUUCCAAAGUGAAAGAGUUUUAUCAGUUCAUCUCGAUGAUUGGCAUCCACAAAUGAAGGAUCAUUUCACUCCAUCACCACCAAAAUCAUCAUCACCAACCAGUUUUGUAGACUUUGAAGAGCAACCAACCAAACCAAAUACCACCAAAGGAAGAUCAAAGACUGUCUCUUUCCAAACCACUCCAAUUGAGGGUAAGAAAUCAAUCUCCUCUGAAGAGUUAAAAAAGAAGGUUCAAUCAUAUGCAGCUCAUAAUAAUAAUAAUAAUAAUAAUAAUUCCAUUACCACCUCAACCACUACCACUUCAACUACCACUUCAACUAUGGUAAAACCAAUCUCUUCCAUUCCAUCAUCAAUUAAAAAUAGGGUUAUCGACUCAGAGGCUAACAUUUUGGCAACAUCAUUUGAAAAGAUUUUCAUUCCACAAAAACCAAAGAUUGUACAUACACCAGAGAGCGCAGUACUUGUCCUUCAAACCUAUACCCGUCGUUGGAAGGCAAGAAAAGAAUUCAAACGUGAACAAUUGCGUUACAAAGCCGUUAGUGAAUUGGUUAGCACUGAAAAGUCCUAUGUAGAGGGUCUUGAAAAACUCAUUGAAAACUUUGCAACUCCAUUGAUGGGUUUAGCUGAUAAUGAUAUCCCAUUGAUUGAACGUGGUGACAUUGAAACUAUCUUUGGUAAACAUAAAAUCAUCCUUUCAUUCAAUAGUGAACUUUAUAGACGUUUGGCCGAAAGAUUGGAACAUUGGAACAUUGUACAAAAGGUUGGUGAUGUUUUACUCGACAUUAUCACUCAAGAUGAUUUCAAAGCAAUCUACAAUUCUUUCACUCUCUCCUAUCAACAUGUACUCUCUCUCAUUGAAAAACUCUCCAAUCAAAAGAACUCCUUUAAAACAUUCCUUAGAAAUUCUGAACGUUCUCUAUGGAGUGGUGGUAAUGGUAUCACUGGUAAUAAUCUUCAAUCACUUUUAAUUACACCAGUACAAAGAAUCACUCGUUACCUUUUAUUGUUGAAAGAGAUCAUUCGUUUCACUAAACCAUCCCAUCCAGAUUAUGAUUCACUUUGCAUUUCUCUCUUUGAGAUGCAAGAUAUUUGUACAGAUGUAAAUGAAAAUCAACGUAGGGAAGAAAAUGAAAAAAUUCGUAUUCAAACACUCACAAACAUUACCAAUCGUUUCGAUCCAAAAUUACCAAAAGAAUUAAAUCUCCUCCAAGAAGGUAGAUUUUUGGUUAAAGAGGUCUCUCUUUACAUCUAUGAUGCUGAUAGUGAAAAGAGAAAAGAACGUGCUUUCCUUUUAUUUAAUGAUAUCAUUAUAGUCGCCAAAAAGAGUAAAAACAAGUUAUUAUUCAAGAAUUUAGUUAACCUUCAACAUGUUUCAAUUAAAUCCCUUCAAGAUGGUAUAAAAUGUUAUGGCACUGUCACAAAAUAUUCUUUUGAAUUAUAUGGUCAUAGUAAUCACGUUAUGCUUUUCUUUUCUGAAACUCAAGAAGAAAAAGAUGCUUUAUUAAAUUUACUUCCAAAAUAA